AGACGUUCGGCAAAUAAAGUGGACGCUACUUAUCACUACCUACCUGAAGACACAGAACUAUUUAAGCUUCGACGUUCUCAUCCGAAAGAAGACCACCAUGUGCGACAAUGGCUGUUGGCUAUUCCUCAAGACGCUGGUGGGGUUCGCUUUCUACAUAGCCGACCUGGUCACCGAUGUCUUACAAGCGGCAGAAUAUCACAGGAACGGCGACAUCGCCUGGUUCGGCCUGACGCUGGGGUUCGCCUUGGGGCCUCAGAUUAUUGCAAACAUCGUCUUGAUGAUAUUGGAAGGCUACAAGUGGUACCACUUGUACAUGAUUCCGCUCGGCGUCCCUGUCAAAUACCUCCAGGUUUUGUGCUCUUUUUCUGACUGUUGCGAAGACGGUCCUGAAGACAUCUGGAAAGCCCGCAAGACCGAACGCCAGGACACCCGAGAGCCCGUAGCCCGCGUCUCGAACCACCUGUUACCGCUGGCCAGACUCGUCGGCACCAUUCUCGAGUCCCUCCCGGAACUCUGCCUGCAGAUCUACAUCCUCCUCCAGGAUAGUAGCCUCGAGAUAAAGCCCCUGAAGGUCGUCACCAUGGUGGCAUCCUUCCUAGCCUCGCUCUAUUCCAUCAUUGAGUGGGAAGCGCACUUUCCUAUGGUUAAAGCCUGGUUGGGGGGAAUAAUUGUCUUAUCUUUGUGGAAAAUCAUCGACCUCCUUGCACGCAUUUUCGCUUUCUGCCUAUUUGCGUCCAUCCAUACGCAUACAAGUCAAACUGCACUUGCUACACCUCAGAGUUUGACUAAUGAUGAUGAUGAUAGGUAUACGACUACACUUACUACACCUCAGAGUAUGACUAAUGGUGAUGAUGAUAGGUAUACGUACUGGGUUUUUGCGGUUGUGGGACUACACUGGUUAAUCAUGGCAGUGGUAGAGAGUGUGUUUUAUUAUUAUCGUGAAAACAAAGCUUUGUUGAAGUCAAACGCCAACGUGAUCGCUAACAAAAAGAAAUAUGUGCAGAUUAUUUUUAACACGUUUGUUGUCGCGCCAGUUGAUGUGUUUACCUGGGUCACGUUUGGGUCUAGACUACAAUGUAAAGUACAGCCCAUUUUCAACAAUGUACUGAUGUUGGUGGCAAACAUAGUUAUGAUAUUAUUGUGGAGUUGUGCAAAGGAUAACGGACCUUGGUACGUUGUCCCUUUGGUGGUUGGGGGGUCCGCAGUAUCAGUAUUAUUGCAGCUUUUCCACUGGGUGUGUUACGAAUCAUGUUGCCCAUGUGGUCCCAUAGAAGAUUCGGACAUAACGUCAUCAUCGUAG